AUGACCUUUGGAUAUCCUAAAAACUCGCCUCUCAAGAAUGCCAUGGACCUCAUGUCUUUGCGUGUGGUCGAGACUGGCCUGCCAGAUUAUCUCCUGAAGAAGAAAACCUGGAAUUCGACCUGGUGCACGAAGACUGACAACAACCUCAGCGAAUCGCGAGCUCUGACAGUUACGGACUUCCUUGGGAUCUUUUUCGUCUAUGGCAUCGGCAUCGCUGUCGCUUCUGUGGUCUUUGCUGUGGAGGUGAUGACGAAGCGCAGCGCCGGACGGCAGCAGUGAGGCGGCAACCCUACGGAUGACGAACUAACUAACGGACUUUCUGGAUACUCAUACACAUAACACCAUGAAGCCAUUGUGUACACAAUAAUCACGAUAGAAAAAUUAUUCAUUGGCCACAUCUUUCCUUAUUGAGACUUUUCCUCAAAGUCCCGAUAAAUAAAUCUACUCACUCGUGCUCAAUACUUUGCCUAUUGUUUUGCGCAAUUCGUAACCAAAAUUUUACAGCGCAAACCAAUGUUCACGCGCUUGAAUACAACAU